AUCGUAAAACUGAUAUAUUGCUGACCAGCUGUAUGCUGAAUUUUGCGUGCUGACGAAGGAAAAUUAAGAAUUUCCACAAAUUGAAUUGGUUUAGUAAAAAAAUUCCUUUUAGAAACCUACUUUAAAGUACAUUGCAUACAAUGGACACUGAAAAAUCCAGUAGUAGUUCAUUUGAGGACCUUUCCAAUAUAAACGAAUUAGAAACUAAAUCAGCACAUGUAAAAGAAUCGGAUGUUAAAGGAGAGGAAAAAGACAGCUUUCAAAUUGGGACUAAAAAUGCAAAAAAUCAGCAAGAAAAUAUUAAACUUGAAGGGAGUGGAGUUGGUGUUUCAAUUGGAGAUAAUGAGCCGUGUGAUGUGUUAGGUAAUGGCCAGUUAGUUAAACGUGUUAUAAAACAGUCUCAACUAAUUGCUCGGCCAGCAAGAGGAGAUCUGGUAACAGUUACAUUUAAUGGUCGAAUGCCUAAUGGAAUCGUUGUUGAGAAAAAGGAAAAUUAUCAAAUUCACGUUGGCGAUUACGAGGUUGUACAAGGACUCGACAUGGUUAUUCCUUUAAUGAACAUUGGCGAAGUUGCUGAAGUUACUAUCGAUGCAAGAUUUGCUUAUGGUAGCCUUGGUUUAAAAAAUGAUGAAAAUGAAAGCGCCAGCGUGCCUGCAGAUUCAACACUAAUAUAUGAAGUACAUUUACUAAAUUGUAAAAAUGAGGAUUUUUCGGAUUUAAAGUCCUUUGAAGUACGCAGGAAUUACGGAACACGUAAAAAGGAACGGGCAAACUUCUGGUAUAACCGUAAUGAAUACAAUACGGCUAUUCAGUUGUAUAGGCGUGCACUAGAAUUCUUGGAUGAUCGCGAUGGUGAUCCUGAUUCUAUGUUCGAUAAGGAAGAUUUGGAAUUUUCUAAUAGCGAUUUGCAAACAUUACUCGAGGAUAGAUUGGUUGUCUACAAUAAUCUGGCAAUGGCUCAAAUAAAAAUUUCAGCGUUUGAUGCUGCUUUGAAGUCGGUAGAGAACGUACUACGUUGCCAGCCAAGCAAUUCUAAGGCUUUGUAUCGAAAGGGACGAAUUCUCGAAGGAAAAGGAGAUACGAAAGGUGCUAUUAUUUUAUUACAAAAGGCUGCUACAUUCGAACCAGAUAGUAAAGCAAUACAGCAGGACUUAGCAAAGUUGAUAAUCAAAGCACGCAGAGAAGAACACAACGAAAAAGAAAUGUAUCAAAAAAUGCUGGGACAAGCAAAAAAACUUGAACAGAAGCAUAAACAACCGCAGAAGCAACAAAACAUUGAAAGCUCGAAGCUUAAACUUAUAGGAUAUUUAAUGGGAUCAAUUUUAAUUGGUGUAGCCGGCGUUGCUAUAUAUAGAUACAAAUACUAGAUUUAGUGCACAAAAAGAUAAAAGCCGACUGUUUGCGACGAACUACAAAAUCAGUUCAUUUAAUAAUCAAAAAUUAAAAAAUUGAUAAAGCAUUUAACAACAAGAAAAUUAGAAUCGGAUAAAAUUCCUGUUCAAUUAUUAUUUGUUUAUUUUGUAAAUUUUUUAGUGAUUUAUAGUGUGGGAUUUAAGUGUUUUCUUUUUUUAUUCGUAAAUAUAUUUUAAUAUAAAGGAAGAUUGGAGAUGAUAUAAAUAUCCUUCCAGAACAUAUGUUUUUACAUUACCAAAAAUAGAGUGAUCAAAAACAAAGAUUAGACGUCAGAUUUAUAACACUUACUGUAAAAAUUAUUAAUUUUUUACAGUCAUGUCGUCCAUAACGUUGAAUAUCUUCUUUAAAGAGCGUUUUACUAAGUUUAACAGGAAAAUUAAGAAACAUUUUUAUGUCAAGGCAUCGAUUAACAUCGUGAUAAUUUAAUUAUUUCAUCGAAAUUGACACAUUUCAAAUAAUUCAUCUGUAUUAAAAUCACAUUUUUCAGACAAAGAGAUACAAGUUCGCAGAAUACAGCGGAAAAUUUACGAUUUAUUUCAGUACUAGCGACCUAACUACAAAUAGUGAUUUUUAGUUGAUACUGCACAAACGAUGCAAACGACUUACUUAACACCCGUUCCCUCGACAGUCUAGUCUAAGUAACCGGAACGGACCCGGAUUUUUAUGCGUCCAAGGAUUGUCAACUCGGCACCAUUCCUCAAAAUUAGUUCAAUAAUGUUUUUGCCGCUACUACAACAACAACGCACCUAACGGUUAUUUUCCAGUUAAAUAAGAUAGUGAUGACUGAAAUUUCUUGGGUAGGUAGAUAAGUAUAUUGUGAUAAAUGAAAAAAAUAAUUUUAAAAAUUUUUGAGUUGUGACUCCUUUGUAGUUAGUGUGCGAAAAAUUAAUUGUCUGAUUGUUGAAAUUACUAGAUUCCUGCGCAUUAAAAAAUGUCCUAUUCGAUUGGAAACGUUCGUAUAAAAACGUAUACAUAUUUUCUUUAACCCUAUCAGUAACAUUUUUCUCUAUGUUGAAUUGGGAUAUAAAAUUUUACUAUGGUGUAAAUAAAUUUUACAUUUUAAAAAGUUUAAAAGCCAAAUUUUGACAGUUGAAGUUAAAAAAAAAGUUUAAAUGUUUAUCCUGUUAUUUAAAUUUUUAAAUAUAUUAGAAAAAUUAAUAAAAUGUAUAUAAAAUACCUGUCUGCUAAUUACACUACAAAUUAAACUAGAAAAUUGCUUCAUAUAAGCGUUUAUUACUCAUUGAGAACAUUCUCUUCUAUAAAUCUACAAUAUAUAUAUAUUAUAUGUAGGUUUAUACUAUGAGGGAACUGCAGCAGUGCACAGCAACAAAAUACACCGAAUGCUUAUGCUUUAAACACAUAGACGACUGCACUACACGACGUAGCGACAACGAAAUUUCCUUGUCUGCAAAUGGCGUCCUGAAGCCAGUUUCUUGAACAUUUUGAAAACGGCAGCGGCAUAUCAAACAGCUGACGUAUACAAUUCCGUAGAAACUAGUGCGAUUAUAGCUUUGUAUAAAUCUACAUGUAACCAAUCCUAAGUUUUCACUAACACAUACGCAAACAUGUCACACUUAAUACGAAAUAUUAAAGUACUAAUUUCGCAUUUGGUACGGGUAUCCUACUAGUAUUCUACUACUAAAACGUCUAAAUGCCUCAUUUCUGCUAUAAUGUGAUGCCGUGUUAUGUUUUAAAAUAUUUCCCUUUAAGGAUGUUUUUUAUUACAUGUGUAAAUAUUAUUUAUUACUUAGUACAUUGUUUUUAUUAAUAUUAUUGUUGUUCCAGAAUAUCACCUGGUAUUUUCUAAUUAUUUUGGUUUUUGUUGAAAUUAGUACAAGUAGAUUGUUUUGACUUGUAUUUUUUGAUGAAUACAAUGGAAUUGGAUCUAAUUUUAUUAUAUUUAUUUUAUUAUAUAUUAUUUCGACUCAUAUUGUUAAUGUAAUUACUAUUCCUGAAUUGUACCAGAUUUUAUAUAUAUAUAUUUUUUCUAGUUAUAUUUGUUAUGAAAAGUAGGUUAAUUUAGAACAUACGAAAAUGUUAUAUGGCUGAAUAUAUGAAAACCGAGCAUCCAAAACAGAUCGGAAACGCGCUUACAUUGCUACCGCAGAGAUGGUGAGGUAAAGCAAUAAAUAUGCAAGAAACUUUUCUUGAAAGUUUUCAUUAAUGUGUUCCAUUAGAAAUACAUUUCUGUGUCAAAAAAGGCAGAUUUCGAUCAGGUGUUCUCAGCUGUGUAGGUUCUUAGAAAACAGCUUAUACUUUUGUUACUUGUGGGUUUAUACAGUGGAAUAUAGUAACCAUAGACAACCGUAUAUCAAACAUAUGUAUUGUGACGAGCACGGAUGAUAGCUAGAAACAGGCUUUCGACAAUUUCUAAGAAUCAUGCAGAUAGCGAAAUUCAUGGUGGCCAGAAUGUUUGAGUGGUGAUGUUUUGGGAACGUUCUAAUAUAUAAGGCUCCCGGCUUUUGCAGAAUACAGUUCUAGUUAAAGUCCUGCCGUGUAAAGACCAAUUAAGGUAUAACUAAGAAAUUGUAAACUCGGAUAAUGAGUAAUAAAGCGUUAAGUUGUUGUAAAUAGAAAUAAAGAUAAGUUUAUAGCCAUUGAA